AAAAAAAAAAAAGAUUAAGUUUUUUUAAAUACUUCGAGUUGUCCUCCCGGAUUUAGCAAAGGGUUAGUCUCAAAUUAGAUUCACUAAAGACACCGUACCGUAAAUAAAUAAACAACAAACGUGCAGGGAAUGGCUACGGCUACGAGAGCCGUGUGCAGCAAACUAAGCAGAACGAUGGUGACGCUGGUGGUGGCAACCACCGCUGACCCAGCCUCCAUAGGCUCGGCUGCUUCUCUAUUAGCCAUGCCCGGUUGGCAACCUGGCCCCUCCCUACAGGGUGCACAGAGUUUCGUAAACAAGGACGUGAGACUAAUAAAACUCGACGACCGGCUUGUCCGGGAGAAUCAUUUGGACAGGAGAUGGGAGGAGGCGACCGGCGAGGUUGUUAACGACGUCGUCUUCCUUAGCAGGCAUGUGGCUUCCUCCACCAGACCUGCCCUCACUAUCCACCCAAUUGGCACUCCUCAGGUUCUUGAAGGUGAGGAUUUAGUUUCUGGUGGGAAGGCUCGGUGGGCUGCACCCCCGAACCCGAGGAUGGGGCCGUGGUUCAGGCUUUUGAAGGAGGUUGCUGAAUCGCAUAAUUUAACUCCUGAAUUUGAGGUCACUCUAGAAGCUACCCACCAUGGACCGGAAAUCAAUUCACCAACUAUGUUUGUGGAGAUUGGUAGCACGGAAGAGUAUUGGAAGAGGCAGGAUGCUGCUCAAGCAAUUGCUUUUUUAGUUUGGCAAGGACUGGGUCUUGGAGGUGGAGCAGCAGUUGGAGACUGGGGAAGGAACAGUGAAGAAAACAAAGUACUUCUCGGCAUAGGAGGUGGUCAUUAUGUUCCUCGGCACAUGGAUAUUAUCAAGAAAACUGGUGCUUGGGUUGGCCAUUUGCUGUCUGGCUAUUCUCUACUAAUGGAAGAACCAGUAAUAAAUGCAGCAUCAGCGGGUGGAACUUGGAGAGAAACCAUCAAAGUUGCAUUCGAGGCUACUAAAUUGGCUUUCCCUGGUGGAGAAAUUCUAGCACAUCUUGAUCACAAGAGCUUCAAGAGCUGGCAGAGGAAUGCCAUCACAGGGUUCUUAGAGGAGCAGAACAUAAAGAUUGGCAAGCCUAGCGACUUCUCUCUCUCUUAAGAACUGUCAAUUUUUCUGUUAUAUCAGAAACUGCUGAUCUCUGAUAUUUCUUACAAUACAACAAUUCACAGGAUCACAGCUUAGAUUAUCUGAUAUUUCUUACAAUACAACAAUUCACAGGAUCACAGCUUAGAUCAUCACAUAGACAUAUACAGUGGCGCAACAUUGACAGAUUAUUCAGAUUAUCAUUUUUUUUUCCCCGAACCAUAUGGGAUGAUCUUUCAAUCUAGUGAAUAAAUUUAAAGCAUACUA